CGGGUAUAUACAAAUACCAUACACUUUCAUUUACACACACAGUAAUCCAGUAUAGACUCUUCUAUAUGCUGUAAAUCUAUCCGUCGGUCAGAAAUUACAAACAAAAUAAAAAAAUAAUACUAAAUUAAUUAUGGGGACAAAUCCAACAAAUAUGAAUUGCUAAUUUUUAUAAAAAAAAUAGAGCAGGCCAUCACUGUUUGUUUGUUUUAGUCUUCAUUCUGUAUGAGAAACAGGUGGAUAGAGAGAGAAUUCCUAGAAAGAGGAGAGAGAAAGAGUUAAGAUGAUGGAGCUUUGGAGGCUCCUAAUAAUCAGCAUUUUGGUAUUAACUCCAAGCUUCAUUAAUGGUCAAACAGAUCAAUCAGAUGUUUCUGCCCUCAAUGUUAUGUUUAGUAGCAUGCAUUCACCUUCACAGCUCACUGGGUGGACUGCUGGUGGUGGUGAUCCAUGUGGUCAGUCGUGGAAAGGUGUUGCUUGUUCGGGUUCAAGGGUAACAGAAUUAAAAUUAUCUAAUCUUGGACUCACCGGCUCAAUAGGUUACCAGCUUGACAGUUUAAAAGCCCUGACUGAAUUCGACAUAAGCCAUAACAAUUUCGGAGGCGCAGUACCUUAUAACCUUCCUCCAAAUCUGCAGCGACUAAAUCUUGCUGGUUGUAACUUCAAUGGAGCUGUACCUUAUUCAAUUUCUAUUAUGAAAUCUCUAGAGCAUCUAGACCUCAGCCAGAAUCAAUUUAACGGGCAGCUGAAUGUCGAUUUUACACUACUUACUAAACUCUCCACAAUGGAUGUCUCCAACAAUGCUCUCACAGGCGAUCUUCCACCAUCGAUGAGUUCCUUGUCCAGUUUGAACACCUUGAACUUGCAAAACAACCAGUUCACAGGCACAAUUGAUGUUCUAGGGGACUUGCCAUUGAAAAAUUUGAAUGUUGCCAAUAACCAUUUUAGGGGAUGGGUUCCAAGGCAGUUACAAGGCAUUAAUAUACAGAAGGAUGGUAACUCGUGGAGCUCAGGACCUGCACCCCCUGCUCCACCUGGAUCACGAAGCAAUCGUCACAGAUCUGGAAAUCGUGGAAAUUCUGAUUCAAACUCCGGGAGUGGAAAAUCUGGUGUCAGUGCUGGUGCUAUUGUUGGAAUAAUAAUAGCUAUUCUUGUGGUUAUAAUAAUAGUCGGGUUUUUCAUAUUUAAGAGAAGAAUACGAAGACCAUCCUCUGACUUAGAGAAGGUUGACAUUAAUAAGCCCUUUGUUGUCGCUGCGUCAAAUGAUAUGGAAGGUAAACCCGAAUUCACGGAGCUGAAGUCAGUUCAUUCAUCAUCUUCAAUCAACACAACCACACUUGACACAGUUCCUACAGUUACGCUAAAACCACCUCCGCUGGAUCGUAACAAGUCAUUUGAUGAUGAAGACAUUUCAAACAAACCUGUUGUCACCAAGAUUCCUACAACCGUGCCAGAAAAUGUGAAACAAUAUUCUAUAGCAGAUUUGCAAAUGGCCACCGGCAGUUUUAGUAUUGAAAAUCUUGUUGGAGAAGGGUCUAUUGGACGUGUAUAUCGUGCUGCAUUUGAUGAUGGAAAGGUUCUUGCUGUGAAAAAGAUAGACUCAUCUGUCCUAGCCAACCUUCCUGAAGAUUUCACUGACAUUGUUGCUAGCAUUUCCAAACUUCAUCAUCCAAAUGUAACGGAGCUUGUUGGCUAUUGUUCAGAACAUGGGCAACACUUGUUAAUUUAUGAGUUCCACAAGAAUGGGUCGUUGCAUGACUUUUUACAUCUUGAUGAUGAAUUUAGUAAACCAUUGACGUGGAAUACCCGUGUGAAGAUUGCUUUGGGCAGUGCACGUGCACUUGAGUACCUACAUGAAGUUUGCUCACCAUCAGUAGUUCAUCAAAACUUCAAGUCAGAGAACAUAUUACUUGAUGCAGAGCUUAACCCUCAUCUUUCUGACUGUGGGUUGGCAAGUCUCCUUUCAAAUGCAAAUCAGGCGAUUAACCAUAAUGCUUGUGCCCCUGAAGUUGCUGAUUCUGGUCAGUAUACUUUGAAGAGCGAUGUAUACAGUUUUGGGGUGGUCAUGUUAGAACUUCUCACCGGACGAAAACCGUUUGAUAGCUCAUUACCAUGGGCUGAGCAGUCAUUGGUUCGAUGGGCAACACCUCAACUUCAUGAUAUUGAUGCUUUGACUAAAAUGGUGGAUCCUGCUUUAGAAGGUCUCUACCCCGUGAAGUCUUUGUCGCGUUUUGCCGAUGUUAUUGCUCUUUGCGUUCAGCCCGAGCCUGAGUUCCGACCACCAAUGUCUGAGGUAGUGCAAGCUUUAGUUCGAUUGGUCCAACGAGCAAACAUGAGUAAGAGAACUGUCGGAAAUGCAGCUCGACAAUCAGACGGUGCAGAAACAAAUGAUAGUGUGAAUUAAAUUGUUUGUAUAAUUUUUUUUUCAGAUCCACUUGAUGAAAGUAAAGUAAUUAAUUUUCUUCAGCUCAUAAUUUUUUCUCCCCUAUAAUCUGGUUUAUUCUGCCUCCACAACAUUUCAGGGUACCAUAUUUAAGUUUUUCCCCAUUUGAUUUACUCUUUUUUCAAUAUCACCUUGUUGUAUGAUAUAAUGUCUUGAAGGUGAAAAGCUUUAAUUUAUUUUAUUUUUCAUGUAAUGCAUGAUAAUAAUACCAUAUUGUUAAUUGUUAGCAGAAA